AUGUUCACUCCCAUUCACUUAGACAGUGAUAAUAGCUACAUACCUGAGUUAAUUCACAACAAUUUUGACAAAGACCUAGAUUUUUCCUGUUUAUUUGAAAAUAAACACAAAAUUAGGUUAGAUAUCUAAAAGAUCGAUAGCAAAUUGGAGAUUAUCUAGCAAAUUGUUGGCAUAGAAAUGACUAUGGAAGUUUAUUCUUUCAUCAAAGAUUUCUAGCGCCCAAUUUUGAACAAAAUAGCUGUCGAUGUCGGACUCUUUGACGAUAAAAGUGAUCUCAAAACUAAAAUGGACAAGUUUGUCAAGAUAAAACUUAUCUGCAAAAAAUUAGCUCUCAUUAAUGAGUCAUUUGCAGAGUAUAAGAUUUUACGCGCCACUCUAAACCGGUUUAAUAAUAACUUCCAGCUCGUUAAAGACCUCUUUCCAGCUUCAGGCAAUAUCAAAAUAAUCCUAGUUGAUUUUAGCAUGUUUCUUAUUAAAAAGUACUCGCUUGAGAGUGAACUCUACUCUAAAUAUGAGAAAUUUGAAGGUGUUGACUUGAUAUAGUUCCUUGAAAGACUGCAAGACUAAGAAAGCACACUAUUUAAGUAUAGUGGAGGAUCAAAAACUCUUGAUAAUGUGAGUGAGAGAAAUUUAUCAGUAAUUGGAAAUGGCAUGGAUGAUGAUAAACUGAGCUAUAAUAGUUACACUUACAAUAAAACACUAGUAAGUUAGUCAUAGAGAGGAAGACCAAGAAAAAAUAAGGAUGCUCCUCAUCUUCACAGUUUAAGGCAGAGUUAACUUGACUUCACUAAAGUAAAAGAUAAAGAUUCGACUUUAUAGAUGGAAGGAUUCUCUUAGGUUUCACUGAUAAGUUUAAACAACGAAUUAAAUAAAUUGAAUCAGAAAGAUGAUUAAUAGCUUUAGGAAUAAUCUCAAGCCCUUCAAUUUUAAAAUUAAUAAAAAGAAGAUAAAAUGAACUUGAAUAACACGGCAAAUAAUUCUUCAGGAAAUCAGCUUCAGGCUGUACAAUAAUAAAUAAUACCCGCAAAGCAAAUCGAUAUUAUAUGCAUAUCGGACUCAGAAGAUGAAAUAUCUCCUCCAUCUAAAUAAACUGAAUUAUAGGAAGGCAACUCACCUUUCUCUUAAUUCAAGCCGAUCAUCAAUCAAGGUCCAAAUAAAAAUUCUUCAGUCUUCUUGCCAUUAAAUAAAUAAAAUCUAGAAUUUAUUUAAGGAUUUCCUGGAGUUUUGCCUUACUCGAAUUUGAAUUAGCAAAGCUUAAGAAAUUAAGCAGAUAUUAAUCAAAGAUUUAUCCAAGCUAAUAGCCAACAAAUUCCUUCAAAUCUAAUUUAGAUUCAUAAUAAUAAUCUUUUAAGAGUACCUCCAUCUCAGCAACAAUUAUUUGCUAAUAACAUUGAUUAGCUUUUAGAUUCUUAUGCAUUCCAGCAGCAAAAAUAGACAUAGGCAUAAUAAAAGUUCUUCCCUCUUCCUCAACCAAAGCUUUAACCAUCAGUUGCUCAAAAUUUGCUAAUACCUCCAUAAUAGGCACAGUAGAUAUAAAAUAUUCAGCCCAAUAUAAUGAUCCAACAAAAAUCAUUGCAAACUUAGUAAACAGAAGUAAAUAAAUUAAUAGGUCCUGAUAAGGUCUGCUACAGAUGUAGUUCACCCUUAACCAAAAAUUAUAAGACUCUUGUAAAUCCUUUUACUGUUUUUCCGUCUAAGAUUAACGAAUGUGUUUCUUGCUAGCUUUUAGCUGUGGACAUAUUUGCCCCAAGUUUUUAAAGAUUUGGAGAUUUGCUACAAGUUGAGAUACCUAAAUUGGACUAAUAAUCUAAGUCAUAUCUCCUAAAUUUUAAUUAUUACAAAGCUAGUCUAAAGCCAAAUGAGGAAAUUGAGUUGAGGUGCUUGAAAAUCAAUUCAAAAUUUGAGUAUGAAACUGAAUUCCCGCCAGGAUUUUCUUUCAAAGUUAACAAUGCCAAAAAAAAUGAAGUUAAAGCAAGAGAUCCUAAUGUAGCUGGAAGAAGAAAGGAUCUUCCAUACAUGAUAGGAUAAGAUUUAACAAAGACAGGGAUGGUCUAAAAGAUUGCUAUUACUGUGACGCCAUAUCCGAAAGAGAAUGAUUCUAUUUACAUCUUUGGAGUAUACUAAGUACUAAAUCUAUCUAAUGCUUCACCAGAGGAAGUAUUAAGUCAACAGAUAGUUAUUAGCAAGCAAGUUGGUUCACAUAUUGCUAAGAGAAAUUUUGAAGAAAACUUUAUAGAAAUGGAGAAAUUCUCUGUUAAAUGUCAGUAUCUCUUUGCAAAUGUAAUCUAGUUUCCUGGAAGGGGUAAACUGUGUACCCAUUUUUAAUGUUUUGAUCUUAAAACUUACAUUAGUAUGAACUAGAAAAACUAAAUCUGGAAAUGCCCUGUUUGUAACAAAAGAGCUAUAGAGAUAUACUUUGACCAAUUCUUUUUUGAAAUAAUUAGCAACUUGACAGAAAAAGAAAAAGAUGAAUCAGAUUUAAAGAUAGAUUAGACUUUGAAAGUUAUUUCAAAGCAUCGUAUAAUGAUUUGGAACUCAGAAAGUUGCUCUUUUGGAUAAGAAUAAGAAAAGAAAACUAUCUCAAAGAUAACAAUAAUUUAAUAAAAUCCUGAGAUUAGCGAGAACAAUUUAUAAGAAAACUCUGAAAUAAAGCAAGAGUUAAAUCUAAAGUAGGCUAAAUAGGAUUUAGCUGAAAAUCUAGACAGUGAUUCAUCUCUUGAAAUACUAGAAGUUGUCCCAGCAAGAGACUAUAAGAAGGCCCCCAAUAUUCCUAUUCCUAAUGCUUAGAACAUAGAAUAAGUAGACCAAUAAAAGUAACAAUUAUUCAUAUAGCAGUCUAAAAAUUCUACUCAAAAUCAGUAAGAUUUAAGCAAAAAUAUACUCCCACAAAAAAGACCAAUGGAAUAAUCUAGUAAUCUUUUUGCCACUGAUAAAAGGUAAAAGUCAGCUUUUGAAAAGGUGAUUCCUAAAAAUGCUUCCAUUAUCACCUCAAAAUAGAAUUAGCCUAAAAAUUAGAAUGAUGCUUAGAAUAUGUUUUAGAGUCCAGUGCCUAGGAAAGAUGUCAUUGAAAUACCAGAAUCCAAUUACAUCAAUUUAGUUUCAACAGAAUCUAAAAAUGAUGACAAUACAUCAUAAGAGCUUAACUAGAAUAUGGAUUUAUUAGAAAGAUGCAGAAGAAGGUAGCUAAAGUUUUCAAGCCCUGGAUCAUCACUAAGAAAUUUCUAGCAGCCUUAAGAUCUUUCAGAAACUCUAAAACAAAUUUUAGGCCACAAAAAUUGA